AUGAGGAGAAGGCCCGUGCCCUGGAGCAGUUCGAUGAUGAGCUGGGCAAGGCGACCGAGGAGCUGCAGCAGCUGCGAGCGGAGAACGAAGCGCUGCGUGGCGGUGAUGAGGAGAAGACCCGUGCCCUGGAGGAGGCGAAUGCGCGGCUGCAGGACACGCUUGCGGAGAACGCGGAGCUGCGAGCGGAGAAUGCGGAGCUGCGGUCGCACGACGCGCGGUGGGAGUGUGCGCCUGACCUUUGCGUGGAGACCGCGACGACGCACCACGGGCGCGAUUUGGGCGACGACGGCUAUGCGGAGCUUCUGCAGGAGAGGCCGGAGACGCUGCGGGCUGCUGUUGUUGCCGAUGCCGCGAACGCGUGCCGCGUGGUGA